CGGAUACUAAGACUGAUCAAGAAGUCAAACUUCAAGAUGUCUACAACCGAUUCUGAUUUAUCAGAACUCCCCCCAUACACAGCCCUGUUAUGGGGACAGUUCCUGGCAAACCCCCACCUGAUGUAUAAUUUGUUUUCAAGGGGACCAAAUGGAACAUCCUUUGCCUCAGACCAUGUAAUAAAUAUGACUGGGGUCUGGACUAAUUCAAAGAUGAGUGAGUUUAAGGUGGACAGUUUAGAGGAACUACAAAGAGUGAGAAAUGAUCUUCUGACUAUGCCCAUUUUAUUCCACAUCAAAGUGGAACAUCAGAAAACGGAAAAUUAUGCUGUCAUCAAAAUCCGAAAGAAGUGGAAAGAUGAGUUUGCAGUUCUUGUUAACACACGACAUCCCACCAUCAGAGAAAUUCUGUCCCACAAACUUAACGAGGCCACACAACACAUGCAGGAGGGAAAGAACUUCUGUCUAAAGCUUGAUUUUGGCCCCUCCGUGAAGCAGUGGUACAGUGGGGUAGUGGAUAAUGAAGUGUCCUUUUGUGACUCCCGCAGCAACAGUGACUCAGGACAUAUGGAAAUCUUUGUCCACAACUACACCACCCCCAUUGAGUGCUGUGUCAAUCCUGUCUGCAUCUUCUGUUGUUUUCCUUUCUGGCUGUUGUUUGGUGGACCUUGCUACUGUAUUCACAGAAACAUCAAAUGUACUGAUGAGAGUCAUAGUUUUAGUGACCUUCCCGUGGUUCUACUUACCGGGGUCAGCGUUAGAGUAAGAGUCGAGCCUGCCCAACAAUUCUAUAGCUACCCUUCCGGACCGGGUCACUACCCCCAAGGCCCGCCAGCCAUGCCACAGGGACCACCUGCCUACACACCACCCCAGGGGUAUCCAGCACCACACCAACAGGCACCACCAACAGGAGACCAGCAGAAUUACCCCCCAGGAGCCCCACAGAAUCACCCCGUGGGGGCCCCACCACCUUAUCCAGGCCACAACUAAGGAAUUAAUUCUGUUGAAGUGAAAUAUUUAAAUAAGUGGUUGUAUGUCACACAAAGAGAAGGGUAUUGACUCUGUUGUGGUGAUUUUUUUGUAAUGACAGUUCAAAAACUCAGUUGUUCUUAAUGAAAGAUCUGCAUUUCUUUCAAGUGAUAAAAACAAAGUCUUCAAAUGUGUACAUUUCUUAGGAAAAAUGUUUAACUUUAUUUCAUAUUAUAUUUUUCUCCAUUUUAAGAGGUGUUUUUUCUUUAAAAAACAACAACAUAGAGCUCGUUCAUUGUUCUAACCAGCAUACAAGCUGUUUAUGUUUGCUUUAAAUCAUAAUAAAACAUGGAUUAUUAGCCAGAACCGGUGUGAUUUUCAAGUAUAUUUUUGAUAAAAAUCAUCACAAUUUCAACUGCGUUUGACUUUUAUGUCAAAAUAAAAAUGAGGGGCCAAACCUGGUCUUUACUACACCUUGUUCUUUGCAUUGAUGUAAAUAGUGCUAUUGUUUAUAUUUCUGUAUUUGAAUUUUACUUUUUGUGUGUAUUCCAUAAUUCUUAUAGAUUGUGUACAGAAACCAAUACUAACUAGUACAGAAAUUAUUUUCAGAAAACUUUUAAUCUGUUUAUCUGCACGCACAUUCAAGGACAUGAAUUUUUUCUCCACAUUUAUUUAGUAGAAAGAAACUCAGAAAUGUAGUAUAUGACACAUUCAAUGUUAUUUACAGAUUCAGUGAUGUAGUAAUCAAGGUACAUGUAAUAGAAUUUAUUUAGUUGAAAUAUCAAUUAAGCUAUAAACCCAGGAGUGGUAUCAUAAGCAGAGCUAUCCCCUGCCCCAUUUUUUUCUUGACACAG